UCAGAUGUGUGAUUGACAAAUCAAACCCCUCAUUGAGUCUGCGAGAUAAGGUGAGGUGAUGGUGGAGAGGCGAGAACUUUGGACCCACUUCACUCGCUCCUCUUCUUUGCCACCGGCUGCAGCGCCUCGGUUCGUCUCUCUUCUUCAGUGGACAGCAUGAAGAUCGAGUUUGCCCCGUUGGAGACUCCCCUGCACCGGAGGCUGCAGACGGCCACGGUGCUGCAGUGGGUCUACUCCUUCCUCGGCCUGGCGCCCACGUGCAUCUUCCUCUUCUUCUACCUGCUGUUCACUCGCUUCUGGCUCAUCAGCGUGCUGUACGCCGUCUGGUGGUUCUUUGACUAUGACACGCCGGCACGUGGAGGCCGCAGGGUGCCUUUUUUGUGUGGCCUCAAACUUUGGGAUUAUAUGCGGGAUUACUUCCCCAUCAAGUUGGUGAAGACAGCUGACCUCGAUCCCAGGCACAAUUACGUCCUCGGCUUCCAUCCUCAUGGCGUGCUGGUGGCAGGAGCCUUUACCAACUUCUGUACCUACGCUACAGGCUUCAGAGAGCUGUUUCGCCUCACCAGCUACCUGCUCAUGUUGCCCCUUUGGUUCAGAGCCCCAUUUUUCAGAGACUACAUCAUGUGUGCAGGUCUAAUUCCUUCCGACAAAGAGAGCGCCACCUACGUACUCUCCAAAAAAGGUGGCGGUAACGCUGUGGUUAUUGCAGUUGGAGGGGCCCCAGAGGCCCUCGAUGCCCACCCCGGUACCUACAAUGUGCUACUGGCUCAGAAGAAAGGCUUCAUCAAAAUUGCGCUGGAGCACGGUGCCCAUCUGGUGCCGGUCUUCUCCUUUGGAGAAAAUGAAGUGUUUGAUCAAGUGGAAAAUCAAAGAGGAACCUGGCUUCGCUGGACACAGGAGAGGCUCCAAAGCGUCAUGGGUAUCUCCCUGCCGUUUCAUGCCCGUGGUGUUUUCCAGUACUCCUUUGGUCUCAUGCCUUACAGAAAACCAAUCAAUACAGUUGUUGGACGGCCGAUUAGGGUCGAGAGGAAUCAGAAGCCAACGGCCGAGGAACUCGAUGCCCUGCACCAGCGGUACAUGGAUGAACUCAGCAAUCUGUUUGAGGAGCACAAAGGCAACUACGGCGUGGAUAAAGACACACACCUGAACUUUGUCUGAACUGGACUGAUAACGCUGUCGGUUUGAAUGCAUAUUUAUUUGUAAAGCUCGCCAGGCUCAGAUAUUUGUUUCAAUUGCAUCAGAAACGUGACUUUGCUCUGCAACCAGCCUGUUGAUUAAAGAUAAAUAAACUGUUGUUGGUUCUGUAAUAAGACACACUUCUGUAUCUGUUUAUAUAAGGGACGAUUCAAUUACUCCAUGAAAGAAAAGGAACCAGAAUAGAGAUACUCAUCCAUUACUGAGACCUGAGGCUGUUCACUCAGACUUCUGUGUGGGAAAUCACUGCAGAACACCAGCAACACAAGUUUCCUCACCAUCUCCCAGUGGUGGCAUCUGUCUGGAGUUUUGGACUUUGUGCAAGACCUGACAACUUUCUCAAACAGAGUCAUAGGUUGAAUUCAGGUUGCAACAUCAUUUGGAGACGCUGUCAUAAAAUACCAAUAAUUUGGUAUCUUUCCAAAGGCUAUAAGC